AUGCUCAGAGCUAAAUUAGCUGUGGUUCUGGUGAGUGUCCUCGCCAGGUGACGUCACAUAAUUACUGUAAUAAAUAUCUUCCCUACCUCAUCAAGCAAAAGGGAGUAGGGCAACACAUAAAGUUCCAGCCUGAGAUUAUUGUUCUGCUUAUGCUAUAAGCACAGUUUUCAGGCUGGCACCCAAGCUAGAGAGACAUUCAACAAAUGGACACCAUCUAUUGUGUCUUGGCAAUUUUUACUGUAGCUGACAAAUUUAUGACAAUGAUGCACUAUGCUGAUCAGGAAAAAGUAUGCGUCCUACUAGGAAAAACUCUGCUAUUCCUGGUAAGGUCACAUGGUCAGAAAAAGCUCAGUGCCUAAACUAUACUUUAAUUGACAUGUGUAUGUUUUAUAAUUUGCAGUGAAUCCCUGUUGCUAUUACCCCUGUCAGAACUGGGGCGUGUGUGUCAGGUUUGGCACUGACCGCUAUGAAUGUGACUGCACUCGCACCGGCUUCUAUGGACAGAAUUGCACUAUCCGUAAGUGAAAUGUUUUGUUUCUACAUUCUUCUGAUUUCAAGUUGUAUUUUCAAUUUUCCUCUCUGGUUUAUCAAAACAUGGUUAUCCUUUCCUCAUGUGCAGAAGGGUUUGUAACAAGAUGAAAAGGAAAAAGUACAAUGUGUGUGUUUAACUAGUUCCACAGCCUUUGUUAGUGAAGAUGCCCAAAUAAUAAUUUCUAGUUGAAUGAACAUAUGAGACAAGUUGAGCAAACACAUCAUUUUAAGUUGACUGAAUUUCUGCCAAAGUUGGAGCUAAGUUUGGGCCAACUAAACAUUUUAAGUUCAGGUAACACUUUGACCGAAAUGGAUAUACUCGGAGUACAUAUCCCAAAUGAAAUAAAUGAUCUCACUGAAUACAUUUUUAUAGAAUGUUAGCAAAAAUAGAUAAGAUCUUCCUACCAUGGAAAGGUAAAUACCUGUCUAUUUGUGGAAAAAUCACCCUGAUUAACUCUUUAGUAUUAUCCCAGUUUACCUAUUUGCUUAUGGUCUUGCCUAUGCCUAGCGACUGUUUUUUUAAAUUAUAUGAGAAAAAAAUAUUUCAUUUUAUUUGGAAUGGCAAGCCAGGCAAAAUUAAACGGGUCCAUUUAUAUAAUUAAUAUGAAUUCGGAGGACAGAAAUGAUUAAAUAUUAAAGCUUUAGACCUAUCACUAAAAGCUUCAGUCAUAUAAAAGUUAUACUUAAAUCCGAACUGGUUCUCUAGCAAAUUAGUAAGAUUGUCUCACCCCAUGUUCAAGAAUGGCCUUUUUCCCUUUAUUCAGAUUACAACCUCUCACUUUCAGUUAUUUUAAUAGGAAAUCAUCUCCCAAAUAUAACUAUUUCUAAAACAAGCCAUAGAAAGGUGGUUGCAAUUUCAAUUGAAUCCUCCAGAAACGACAGAACAAAUAAUGUAACAAAUAUUGUGGUUAAACUCAAAUAUACUAAUUGAUAGAAAACCAUAAUUUUUUGAAAAAAAAUAAAAAUAAGAUAUAAUCUUCUUAAAUGAUAUCAUAGGUAGGACUGGUGGAGUUAUGUCGCACGUGCAACUAACAAAAACAUAUGGAAAUGUCUGCUCUACCCAAAAUUACAACCAAAUAAUUGCAGCAUUACCGCUAAAAUGGAAGAGGAAAGUGAAAGGGGGGAAAAGUAAGGAACUUGUCUGUCGGCCCUGCAUUAAAGAACAUAAUUGGUUAAAGAAAAUUGUGAUAAAUAAAAAAGUAUUCCAGUUUCAUUUAAGGACCAAAGGAUUGACAGCCGUCCCAUAUAGAUUGCAAAAUAGUUGGGAAGAGAUUUUUUAUGUACGGAUUCCAUGGCAUAGUGUUUAUGAACUGAUACGCAAAACGAGACCGGAUUCAAAACGUAGAUUUUUUAAAAUUUAAAUUAUACAAAAUUCUUGCUACCAAUAGAAUGUUAUUUAUAUGGGGGAUACAAUCUUCCCAGCUCUGCAGAUUUUGCUGCCAAGAGACAGAAUCAUUAGAUAAUUUGUUUUGGUACUGUCCAUUUGUAGCUUGUUUUUGGUCACAGGUCCAGGAAUGGCUGAAGGAUUGCAAUAUUUACCUGGAGCUAUCCCUGCAGAUAGCACUACUGGGUGAUCUGAAAAGUCAUAGUCAAUCGAUCAAUAAUAUAAUAAUACUUUUAGCAAAAAAAUGUACUUUCAUUUACAAUCUGUAGAAACAAUGAGAAUAGAAGGGUUCAGAACUUUUGUGAAACAUAUUAUGGCAAAUAGAAAUCCAAUAUGGAUGGUGUUGAGAGAUAGAUGGGAGGUGUUGAAUGGAGCUGAAGGAUGGGACUAAUAACAACUAACAACAAGAUAACUAAUGUAAAGCAUACGGUGUCCAUAAUAAGUAUAUAGGUUAUAGGUUGAGAGCUUUUGUAAAGAGCACAGUUAGAAAGAUAUGGCAUAUAGAAGCAAACCGGAUGGACAUCAUGAAAAUGUUUGGAGAGGUUGAGGGUAGAAGAAGUUCAUGAGUAAAAACAAACAAAAUAUAAUUAUUGUAAAAUUGACUGUCCAUAAAAUGUAUAUAGUGUAUAUAUAAACUGGAAGUAGAGGCCUAAGCGUUGUUGUUCACUAGUUUACUCCAAUUAGGGGAGGGGUGGUGGGGUUGGAGGGUAAUAAAGGGAAAUAUAUUUAAAAAAGGGAUAUGUAUUUAUGUGUGUGUGUGUGUAUGUAUGUGUAUAUACAUACAGUUGGGAAAACAAGUAUUUAGUCAGCCACCAAUUGUGCAAGUUCUCCCACUUAAAAAGAUGAGAGGCCUGUAAUUUUCAUCAUAGGUACACGUCAACUAUGACAGACAAAAUGAUAAUUUUUUUUCCAGAAAAUCACAUUGUAGGAUUUUUAAUGAAUUUAUUUGCAAAUUAUGGUGGAAAAUAAGUAUUUGGUCAAUAACAAAAGUUUCUCAAUACUUUGUUAUAUACCCUUUGUUGGCAAUGACACAGGUCAAACGUUUUCUGUAAGUCUUCACAAGGUUUUCACACACUGUUGCUGGUAUUUUGGCCCAUUCCUCCAUGCAGAUCUCCUCUAGAGCAGUGAUGUUUUGGGGCUGUCGCUGGGCAACACAGACUUUCAACUCCCUCCAAAGAUUUUCUAUGGGGUUGAGAUCUGGAGACUGGCUAGGCCACUCCAGGACCUUGAAAUGCUUCUUACGAAGCCACUCCUUCGUUGCCCGGGCGGUGUGUUUGGGAUCAUUGUCAUGCUGAAAGACCCAGCCACGUUUCAUCUUCAAUGCCCUUGCUCACUCAAAAUCUCACGAUACAUGGCCCCAUUCAUUCUUUCCUUUACACGGAUCAGUCGUCCUGGUCCCUUUGCAGAAAAACAGCCCCAAAGCAUGAUGUUUCCACCCCCAAAGCAUGAUGUUUCCACCCCCAUGCUUCACAGUAGAUAUGGUGUUCUUUGGAUUCAACUCAGCAUUCUUUGUCCUCCAAACACGACGAGUUGAGUUUUUACCAAAAAGUUAUAUUUUGGUUUCAUCUGACCAUAUGACAUUCUCCCAAUCCUCUUCUGGAUCAUCCAAAUGCACUCUAGCAAACUUCAGACGGGCCUGGACAUGUACUGGCUUAAGCAGGGGGACACGUCUCCCACUGCAGGAUUUGAGUCCCUGGCGGCGUAGUGUGUUACUGAUGGUAGGCUUUGUUACUUUGGUCCCAGCUUUCUGCAGGUCAUUCACUAGGUCCCCCCGUGUGGUUCUGGGAUUUUUGCUCACCGUUCAUGUGAUCAUUUUGACCCCACGGGGUGAGAUCUUGCGUGGAGCCCCAGAUCGAGGGAGAUUAUGAGUGGUCUUGUAUGUUUUCCAUUUCCUAAUAAUUGCUCCCACAGUUGAUUUCUUCAAACCAAGCUGCUUACCUAUUGCAGAUUCAGUCUUCCCAGCCUGGUGCUGGUCUACAAUUUUGUUUCUGGUGUCCUUUGACAGCUCUUUGGUCUUGGCCAUAGUGGAGUUUGGAGUGUGACUGUUUGAGGUUGUGGACAGGUGUCUUUUAUACUGAUAACAAGUUCAAACAGGUGCCAUUAAUACAGGUAACGAGUGGAGGACAGAGGAGCCGCUAAAAGAAGAAGUUACAGGUCUGUGAGAGCCAGAAAUCUUGCUUGUUUGUAGGUGACCAAUACUUAUUUUCCACCAUAAUUUGCAAAUAAAUUCAUUUAAAAUCCUACAAUGUGAUUUUCUGGAGAAAAAAAAUCUGAAUUUGUCUGUCAUAGUUGACGUGUACCUAUGAUGAAAAUUACAGGCCUCUCAUCUUUUUAAGUGGGAGAACUUGCACAAUUGGUGGCUGACUAAAUACUUUUUUUCCCCACUGUACAUACAUACAGAAAUACGCAUGUCAAAAAUUGUAUAAAUAGAUUUGCAUUUUAUUUUAUUGACGUUUGGCAACUCGAACCUUCAGCUCCCUCCACAGACUUUCUAUGGGAUUAAGGUCUGGAGACUGGCUAGGCCACUCCAGGACCUUAAUGUGCUUCUUCUUGAGCCACUCCUUUGUUGCCUUGGCCGUGUGUUUUGAGUCAUUGUCAUGCUGGAAUACCCAUCCACGACCCAUUUUCAAUGCCCUGGCUGAGGGAAGGAGGUUCUCACCCAAGAUUUGACUGUACAUGGCCCCGCCCAUCGUCCCUUUGAUGCGGUGAAGUUGUCCUGUCCCCUUAGCAGAAGAACACCCCCAAAGCAUCAUGUUUCCACCUCCAUGUUUGACGGUGGGGAUGGUGUUCUUGGGGUCAUAGGCAGCAUUCCUCCUCCUCCAAACAGGGCGAGUUGAGCAUUGCAACUCCACGAGGUGAGAUCUUGCAUGGAGCCCCAGGCCGAGGGAGAUUGACAGUUAUUUUGUGUUUCUUCCAUUUGCGAAUAAUCGCACCAACUGUUGUCACCUUCUCACCAAGCUGCUUGGCGAUGGUCUUGUAGCCCAUUCCAGCCUUGUGUAGGUCUACAAUCUUGUCCCUGACAUCCUAGGAGAGGUCUUUGGUCUUGGCCAUGGUGGAGAGUUUGGAAUCUGAUUGCUUCUGUGGACAGGUGUCUUUUUACACAGGUAACAAACUGAGAUUAGGAGCACUCCCUUUAAGAGUGUGCUCCUAAUCUCAGCUCGUUACCUGUAUAAAAGACACCUGGGAGCCAGAAAUCUUUCUGAUUGAGAGGGGGUCAAAUACUUAUUUCCCUAAUUAAAAUGCAAAUCAAUUUAUAACAUUUUUUACAUGCGUUUUUCAGGAUUUUUUUGUUGUUAUUCUGUCUCUCACUAUUCAAAUAAACCUACCAUUAAAAUUAGACGGAUCAUGUCUUUGUCAGUGGGAAAACGUACAAAAUCAGCAGGGGAUCAAAUACUUUUUUCCCUCACUGUAUUUAUGUGUAUGUAUAUACGUGUGUGUGUGUGUAUGUAUGUAUGUAUGUAUGUAUGUGUUUGUGUGUAUACAGUUGAAGUCGGAAGUUUACAUACACUUACGUUGUAUGUAAACCACUCCACAAAUUUCUUGUUAACAAACUAUAGUUUUGGCAAGUCGGUUAGGACAUCUACUUUGUGCGUGACACAAGUAAUUUUUCCAACAAUUGUUUACAGACAGAUUAUUUCACUUAUAAUUCACUGUAUUACAGUUCCAGUGGGUCAAAAGUUUACAUACACUAUGUUGUCUGUUACUUUUAAACAGCUUGGAAAAUUCCAGAAAAUUAUGUCAUGGCUUUAGAAGCUUCUGAUAUGCUAAUUGACAUCAUUUGAGUCAAUUGGAGGUGUACCUGUGGAUGUAUUUCAAGGCCUACCUUCCAACUCAGUGCCUCUUUGCUUGACAUCAUGGGAAAAUCAAAAGAAAUCAGCUAAAACCUCAGAAAGAAGUGUGUAGACCGCCACAAGUCUGGUUCAUCCUUUGGAGCAAUUUCCAAACAAUAGUAUGCAAGUAUAAACACCAUGGGACCACGCAGCCGUCAUACCGCUCAGGAAUGAGCGAACGUAGAGAUGAACGUACUUUGGUGCGAAAAGUUCAAAUCAAUCCCAGAACAACAGCAAAGGACCUUGUGAAGAUGCUGGAGGAAACUGGUACAAAAGUAUCUAUAUCCAUAGUAAAACGAGUCCUAUAUUGACAUAACCUGAAAGGCCGCUCAGCAAGGAAGAAGCCACUGCUCCAAAACCACCAUUUAAAAAAAGAACGACUACGGUUUGCAACUGCACAUGGGGACAAAGAUCGUACUUUUUGGAGAAAUGUCCUCUGGUCUGAUGAAACAAAAAUAGAACUGUUUGGCCAUAACGACCAUUCUUAUAUUUGGAGGAAAAAGGGGUCUGCUUGCAAGCCGAAGAACACCAUCCGAUCCGUGAAGCACGGGGGUGGCAGCAUCAUGCUGUGGGGUUGCUUUGCUGCAGGAGGGAAUGGUGCACUUCACAAAAUGUAUGGCAUCAUGAGGAAGGAAAAUUAUGUGGGUAUAUUGAAGCAACAUCUCAAGACAUUAGUCAGGAAGUUAAAGCUUGGUCGCAAAUGGGUCUUCCAAUUGGACAAUGACCCCAAGCAUACUUCCAAAGUUGUGGCAAAAUGGCUUAAGGACAACAAAGUCAAGGUAUUGGAGUGGCAAUCACAAAGCCCUGACCUCAAUCCUAUAGAAAAUGUGUAGGCAGAACUGAAAAAGCGUGUGCGAGCAAGGAGGCCUACAAACCUGACUCAGUUACACCUGCUCUGUCAGGAGGAAUGGGACAAAAUUCACCCAACUUAUUGUGGGAAGCUUGUGGAAGGCUACCCGGAACGUUUGACCCAAGUUAAACAAUUUAAAGGCAAUGCUACCAAAUACUAAUUGAGUGUAUGUAAACUUCUGACCCACUAGGAAUGUGAUGAAAGAAAUAAAAGCUGAAAUAAAUCAUUCUCUCUACUAUUAUUCUGACAUUUCACAUUCUUAAAAUAAAUUGGUGAUUUGUCUGCUCUCUCUGUGUUUUAGCUGAGUUCUGGACGAGGGUCCACCAGCUGCUGAAGCCGAGCCCUGACGUGGUCCACUACAUCCUCACACACUUCCACUGGAUGUGGAACCUCAUCAACAGGACCUUCAUGCGGGACUGGCUAAUGAGGGUGGUCCUCACAGGUUAGUCGCCUGACAUUCAAUGCAGUCAUGAGCAUUCGGGCACAAAAUGGUUGCUAUAGUGGGCACUGCGUAUAAUGGGUGGAAGGGCUAACUUAGUCCCAUAAAAUGUACAAUGCUUUGCAACGAGGUGAAACAUGCUAUGAUGAUGGAAAUGCAUGCAUGGAUCCAUUGUGGUGUUGGAACAGUUGAAAAUGCAUAAAUGCUCUCCAAAGUGCUUCUAGAAUUGCAUCCUUACCCCAUUAUCACUGCUCAGACCCAUACAUAUUCAUAUCUACUCUUAUGGCACUGUGUUAAGAGAAGAGUUUGUCUUCCCUACCAAUGCACUCAUUGGAUAGUUUGCUUACAACUUGUCCAUUUGCUUAAUGGUUUCUCUGUUAUGUUCUCAGCAUGUAAAUAUUUGGAUAACACACAUUGGCCCAUGGUGUCAUCACCAUCCUCUGAGUUCUCCCAUCUAACUCGCUAGAGCUGCAGACAGUUUUAGGCAUAUUUACAAGGUUUAAAAUCUGAGGGGCAUGGCGAGGUAUUAAAAGUGAUGUUGUCAGCUAGCUAGCUAGCUCUGGUAUAACGUUAAGCCGGUUCAGAACUUUAUUUUGCUGGUCAGAACAGUGGAACGGAACGAAAAAAACAAUUGGAAAAUAAUUUUGGUUCCAACCCCUGGCUAAAAUGCAAGCAAAACCUGACUUGUGUCAAAUAAUAAAGAUAAAGAGCCCACAGGUUUAUUUUGCUUUGCAUGUGAAUGACAUAAAGUUACAGUAUAGUUUAUUGAUAUUUUGUACUAUAAUGUGAAUUGCUUUUCAGUUACAUCACAUUGAUACUUUCAAACCUCGAAUGUUUGCUUGAGGCUUUGCAAAUCAAGCAACACUUCUAAUUAAUUAAAUAAUAUUUUUCGGUCUGCAUGUUUCUCAACUUUAACUGAACGUUUCUUCAUUUUAUUUGGGAUUAAAUCCAAGGUGUGUUAUAGUGCGGGGCACUAAACAACAUUGCCCCUUUUAAAGGUAACUUACGCUUGAGCCGACAUCCGCAGCAUUUACCUUGAGUGCAAUCUCUGUGAACGGCGAGGAAAUUGUCUUUAACCUCUACGGGAUUGGUGUGUCCCGUAUACGGGACGGUUGAGCUAACGUGCGCUGAUGUGACAUGACUGUUGUAAGUAACAGCAAACCUUCCAGGACAUAGACAUGUCUUAUAUGGGCAGAAAGUUUACAUUCUUGUUAAUCUAACUGCACGGUCCAAUUUACAGUAGCUAUUACAGUGAAAAAUUACCAUGCUAUUGUUUCAGGAGAGUGCACAACAACAAAAAACUUAUCAUGGCAACUGGUUUGAUACAUUCACCUCUGAAGGUAAAUAAUGUACUUACAUUCAGUAAUCUUGCUCUGAUUUGUCUUCCUAAGGGCCCCAGAGAUAAAAUGUAGCAUAGUUUUGUUUGAUAAAAUCCAUUUUUAUAUUCAAAUGUAGUAACUGGGUUCUACAGUUUGAACCCCUGCUGUCUCUGGCUCCACACCCACCCCGCACGGCCAUCUAGAUGUGUAAAAGUUAGUGUAUAAGCUAAUGAUCCAUCAAGUAUGACUUUUCCUGGGAGUGUGUAAACUUACAUUUUGUAUUACCAUAUCAAUUAUGUAUGUUCUCUAUAGUUAUGUACUUGAAAAUGUAUCAAUUGACCAAUUCUGCACCAUUGGGCAGACCUGAUACAAAAUAGUCCAGAAUUGCAACGCUUCACUGGAUCAGUCUGAAACUUUGCACCCACACUGCUAAAUUGCGCCUAAACUGCAAAAUUAUAUUGUGGCCUUUUUCUUGCAUUUCAAAGAUGAUGAAAAUAAAAAUGUAUAGACAACGCAUGUUUUUUUGUUUGUAUUAUCUUUUACCAGAUCUAAUGUCUUAUAUUCUCCUACAUUGAUUUCACAUUUCCACAUACUUCAAAGUGUUUCCUUUCAAAUGGUAUCAAGAAUAUGCACAUCCGUGCUUCAGGUCCUGAGCUACAGGCAGUUAGAUUUGGGUAUGUCAUUUUAGUCGAAAAUUGGGGAAAAAAGGGUCCGAUCCUUAAGAGGUUAAAAGGCGUAUUAGGUGAGACGUCUACUGCACUGAUUUAUAAUGGCCUUGGAUUGAGUCCUGGUCUUAAACUGAAAGUUGAUCAUGUUUCUCAACUUCAAUUGAAAGUUUCUUCAACUCACUAAAAUCUGAAGGUUCUUCACAGUUGAGAAUGUGUCUGAACUCUGCGGAAAGUUGCAGUUUUAAAAGAUGAUUAUCAUCAUCAUGUAUGAGAGAAGUGACAUCUCUUCAUCUAAAAUGUGUGACACACACAGGCUUGUUUUACUAUCCUUGUGGGGACCAAACAAUUGAUUCCCAUUCAAAAUCCUAUUUUUCCCCAACCCCUAAAUCUAAACCUUAACCCUAACCUUAAUCCCAGACCCUAAUUCUAACCCUAACCCUAAUUCUAACCCUAAACCUAACCCCUAAGACUAAAAUAGCCUUUUCAUUGUGGGGACUUGCGAAAUGUCCCCAUUUGUCCGAAUUUUCCUUGUUUUACUAUCCUUGUGAGGACUUCUGGUCCCCACAAGGAUAGUAAAACCACACACACACACACACCUAUCUCAUGGGUUGUAUUUCCUCCUAACAUUGUUAGUGCAUUUUCAGUAAAACUUCAGGCCUAUAAUGAUCAAUGUGUCAAACAAUUCUGUUUUCUCCUUCCCAAAGCCAGAUCCAACCUUAUUCCUAGUCCUCCUACCUUCAACUCCAAGUAUGGAUACCUCAGCUGGGAGUCCUACUCCAAUGUUUCCUAUUACACCCGUAUCCUACCCCCUGUGCCUGAAGACUGCCCCACCCCUAUGGGUGCCAAAGGUGAGAUGGAGGGCAUCCAACGUUCCUAUCAGAAAAUAGGAUGAAGGGAUCCCUCAAAGACUUUACUGGAGAUUACUCAUUCAAAUACAUCUUCCCAACCGCAACAUGCAUAGCUAACAUACUUCCUUUCCUCUCUUUUCUCCAGGAAAGUCUGUCCUCCCAGACCCAAAGCUUGUGGUGGAGAAGUUUCUUCUGAGGAGGCAAUUCAGGCGGGAUCCAAAGGGAACCAACCUGAUGUUUGCAUUCUUCGCUCAGCACUUCACCCAUCAGUUCUUCAAGACCCAAAACAGCAUGGGCUUGGGCUUCACCAGGGCUCUGGGGCAUGGGGUGAGUCAGUUGGUACUCCCUGUACUGUACAGUGCAUUCGAAAAGUAUUCAGACCCCUUGACUUUUUCCACAUUUUGUUAUGUUACAGCCUUAUUCUAAAAUAAAUAAAGAAAGAAAUUGUUCUCCUCAUCAAUCUACACACAAUACCUCAUAAUGACGAAGCCAAAACUGGUUUUUAGACAUUUUUGCAAAUUUAUAAAAAAUACAAAACAGAAAUAUUUUAUUUACAUAAGUAUUCAGACCCUUUCCUAUGAGACUCAAAAUUGAGCUCAGGUGCAUCCUGUUUCCAUUGAUCAUCCUUCAGAUGUUUCUACAACUUGAUUGGAGUCCACCUGUGGUAAAUUCAAUUGAUUGGACUUGGAAAGGCACACACCUGUCUAUAUCAAUCCCACAGUUGACAGUGCAUGUCAGAGCAAAAACCAAGCCAUGAGGUUGAAGGAAUUGUCUUUAGAUCUCCGAGACAGGAUUGUGUCGAGGCACAGAUCUGGGGAAGGGUACCACAUUUUUUUCCGCAGCAUUGAAGGUCCCAGUGGACUCCAUCAUUCUUAAAUGGAAGAAGUUUGGAACCACCAAGACUCUUCCUAGAGCUGGCCGCCUGGCCAAACGGACCAAUCGGGGGAGAAGGGCCUUGGUCAGGGAGGUGACCAAGAACCCGAUGGUCACUCUGACAGAGCUCCAGAGUUCCUCUGUGGAGAUGGGAGAACCUUCCAGAAGGACAACCAUCUCUGCAGCACUCCACCAAUCAGGCCUUUAUGGUAGAGUGGCCAGAUGGAAGCCACUCCUCAAUAAAAGGCAUAUGACAGCCAGCUUGGAGUUUGCCAAAAGGCACCUAAAGGACUCUCAGACCAUGAGAAACAAGAUUCUCUGGUCUGAUGAAACCAAGAUUGAACACUUUGGCGUGAAUGCAAAGCGUCACAACUGGAGGAAACCUGGCACUAUCCCUGCUGUGAGGCAUGGUGGAGGCAGCAUCAUGCUGUGGGGAUGUCUUUCAGCGGCAGGGACUGGGAGACUAGUCAGGAUUGAGGCAAAGAUGAACGAAGCAAAGUACAGAGAGAUCCUUGAUGAAAACCUGCUCCAGAGCGCUCAGGACCUCAGACUAGGGUGAAGGUUCACCUUCCAACAGGACAACGACCCUAAGCACAUAGCCAAGACAACGCAGGAGUGGCUUCAGGACAAGUCUCUGAAUAUCCUUGAGUGGCCCAGCCAGACCCUGGACUUGAACCCGAUCGAACAUCUCUGGAGAGACCUGAAAAUAGCUGUGCAACGAUGCUCUCCAUCCAACCUGACAGAGCUUGAGAGGAUCUGCAGAGAAGAAUGGGUGAAAAUCCCCAAAUACAGUUGUGCCAAGCUUGUAGCGUCAUACCCAAGAAGACUCGAGGCUGUAAUCGCUGCCAAAGGUGCUUCAAGAAAGUAUUGGGUAAAGGGUCUGAAUACUUAUGUAAAUGUGACAUUGUGUGUUGAUUGAUGAGAAAAAAACACAAUUUAAUCAAUUUCAGAAUAAGGCUUUAACGUAACAAAAUGUGGAAAAAGUCAAGGGGUCUGAAUACUAUUAUAUUAUAUUUAGGGGAGGAUGACCGGUAGGUGAUGUAUUUAGGUUUUAGCAGGGGUGAGGAGGUGGACAACUCCAAUCCUUAGAGCAUAAAAAUUAAUAAAAAAGAAUUAGCAGACGCUCAUAUCCAGAGCAAUUUACAGUAGUGAGCGAAUACAUUUCCAUACUCCCCCCCCCCCCCCCCCCCCCCCCCCCCCCUAUACUAUUCCAACACCCACAAUAUAAUCUUGUACCUGGCUGGAACAAAAUCUUGCACACUCAGAGAGCGAGAGAGAUUCAUCUCAAUCUCUUGCAUGCAUCAUGUUUCACGAAUGUAAAUCUCUUUUUAAUCUCAUAUUUUAUGUUAAUCUCUAACCAGGUGGAUGCCGGCCAUGUCUACGGAGAUAAUCUGGUGCGUCAACUAAACCUUCGGCUUCUUAAAGAUGGAAAGAUGAAAUACCAGGUAUGUAGAGUAAUGCAUAACUCCACUCCAGCUGUGCGAAGGCAUGGACAAGUCUCCACUGGAAUGUUAUUGUAGACAUGGUACCACUCUGUGGUCCACUUUGAGGUACAUGUGCUUUUAACCCUUUACACUUUUGUGGUUAAAUAUCUUUUUUUUAAAGGUGGAACCAACAUAAAUUGCAUUUAAAGAAAAAUCUAAAAACGGUUUUGAUCUACUAUAUACAGGUUUAAAAUGGCAGAUUUGGGCACUGAUAAACACCUACAUUGGAACACUGUGGCUGUACAGUAACAUGCUAUACAUGACGUUAGAGGUCUGGAACUGCGCUUCACAGCGCUGUAUGUGUUUUGACUGAGCCAUUCGGAAGUUGAGCACCUCAUGCGACAAGAAUUUGCCCUCAUCCCUCCCGCUAAUUGGGCAGCUUUUGCAUAUUAUUUGUUGUCUGAGGGAAGGAAAUGCUGUAGAUUAAGAGGACUCAAUGUAUUUUGAAAAAUGAGAAGUUGAGGAUUAUAAUAAAUACCGCUUUGAUGUCAUACAAGCAAGUCAAACACCUGUGAGUCGAAAUGUGAACUUCACGUUUCCAUAUCAUAAAACUCAUGUCAUAUACAGUGUCAACGUUUAUGAUCACUAUGUUUUAUGUACACUUACAAGAUGACAUGGUGUCAUACUCUGGGUUUUUCUGAACAGAAUGAGCUUAUGUUUGUCUAUUGUGAAGAAAAUGGAUUGCGUAAACAACAGUAAUUGUAUGAUGGCGGAGAUGCAUGGUUGUGUUCCAAACAAAACAACUACCAAAGUGCUUGCCCUAAUUCCUCAACAGCACAGCUAGGAGAGCUAAAAAAAAGCACCUUAUAGUUGAAGACUCUUCUUUGAGUCAUUAAAGUGAAUUUAAAUUACUUAGAAACUGUGUACACUUUGGAGAGGUGUGUGUGUGUGUGUGUGUGUGUGUGGCCACUUGGAGACACCAGUUAGUCCUCUCACUCAAACCCUUGUAAUGUUUUUGUCUUAUUUUGCACCUACCCCACAUUUUCCAGGAAUAUUCUUAUCAUGUUACUGAAUGUAUACAGAGUAUUUUCAGAUUUUGUUAUCAACAAAUGGAAACAUCCGCUUUCUGCCGGAGAGUGUCACAUCACUAGCAUUAAAGAAUACACCUCUCGAGGCAGUGGUGUAAAGUACUUAAGUAGUACUUUAAAGUAUUUUUACUAAAGUAGUUUUUUGGGGUAUCUGUACUUUACUUUACUUUACUUUUGCUCCAAUACAUCCCUGAAGAAAAUGAUGUACUUUUUACUCCAUACAAAAGAUACAUUUAGAAUGCUUAGCAGAACAGGAAAAUAGUCAAAUUCACGCACUUAUCAAGAGAAUUUCCCUGGUCAAGCCUACUGCCUCUGAUCUUAACCUGGUCUCAGAGCAUUUUGUAUUAUUCUGUACGUAAAUCCGAGGGACUCCAUUUAGUAUGAUAUGUUACAUUUCGUAUGGUAUGUAUUAAUUUGUGGAAGUCCAUCACCCAUUUCGUAUGUUAGGUUACGAAUUACAAUUCGUAUUAUGUUACAAAUUUGCAAAACGUAUGAUAUGUUACAAAUUCUAGCUAACGUUAGCUAGUCUAGGGUUAAGGUUAGGCUUAAGUUUAAGUUUAGGAGUUAGCUAACCCUUCCCCUAACCCUUUAACCUAACAUGCUAAGUAGUUGCAGAGUAGCUAAGUAGUUGAAAAGUUGCUUAUUAGCAAAAAAGGCUAAAGUUGUCUGUGAUGAGAUUCGAACUCGCAACCUUUGGGUUGCUAGACGUUCACGUUGCCUUAAGCAACCAUCUGUCUUAUGUAACCAUACCAAAUGUAACAACAUACUAAUUUUUGUAUCCCGGAUUUACGUUUACUAUGUUACGUCCAGGCUGCUGAUCUGGCGGACUCACUAAACACAAAUGCUUUGUUUGUAAAUGAUGUAUGAGUGUUAGAGUGUGCCCCUGACUAUCCAUAAAUUAAAAUAACAAGAAAAUUGUGCCAUUUGGUUUGCUUAAUAUAAGGAAUGUGAAAUGAUUUAUACUUUUACUUUUUAUACUUAAGUAUAUUUUUGCAAUUACAUUUACUUUUGAUACUUAAGUAUAUAUAAAACCAAAUACUUUACUCAAAUAGUAUUUUACUUGGUGACUUUCACUUUUACUUUAGUCAUUUUCUAUUAAGGUAUCUUUACUUUGACUCAAGUAUGACAAUUGGGUACUUCUCCCACCACUGCACAGAGGUAGCAGGUAACAGCAUAGCCAAUGUUCAGUGACCAGGUGCCAGUUAGUGUAUUGUUUGAGUGACCUAAAAUCCUGACUCAUGUCAGGAUAAAGGAGGACACCCAUGAGGCCCAUUGGCUUUAUCUGUUGAAUAAACUGAAUUCUACACAAAGAAGGACGUUUGGGAAUGGUAUCGGUUUUUGGGAAAAGGGUGUUGGUUCAGAGUCAGGGAGCGCUUGUGUUGUAAGAACCCUAUUGAUUGUCUCUUUCUGCAGUGGUAUGCAUGUGAAACUCAGGAUGAGAUGGCUGAGCAACUGUUAGUUAUAUAUGGGUGGAGUUCAGGUAAUCAUUAUUUACAGUAGUGUUUCCAAAAUGUUGGGGUCAUGGCCCAUUCUUCCACUGCUCAAGACUGGGCUCUGGCAAGACAUAUUCAUUGAUUGGUUUGGCAGGUUGCUGGGGAAAUUGAGUCACAGCAUAAAGACAUUGGUGAACAACUAACUUACUGUCGGCAUAAGUUCUGUAUAAAGGCCACAUAAUAAAAUUCACAUAAUCUAACUCAGAGGUUCAGUCCUGACAGUGACUCACUUGAAGCCUUUCAAAUGGCUUUUCCACAAAACCCCAAAGGGGACGCCACAUAAUAGUUUUUUUUAUAAUGUACACCAAUUCGUAAAGCAUGCUCACAAGUUACUACAUUGUGCUAAUGAAUCAGUAAGGCUCUUAAGGGCUCCAUAGUCUACAAUGUAAAAGGGAAAGUAAUACUAUCUUCUCUUGCAGGUGGUUAAAGGUGAGGUGUACCCUCCUACUGUGGCCGAGGCGCCGGUGAAUAUGAGCUACCCUCAAAGGACUCCCGUGGGGCAGCGUAUGGCCAUCGGGCAGGAGGUGUUUGGGCUGUUGCCAGGCCUCACCAUGUACGCCACCCUGUGGCUGAGAGAACACAACCGUGUCUGUGACAUCCUGAAGGCAGAGCACCCCACCUGGGGGGACGAGCAGCUCUUCCAGACUGCCAGGCUCAUCGUAAUAGGUAAGUACAUACUUGACUGGACAGAGAUCUCUCUCUAGCCUUUCAUACCACCAGGUACUGCCCAUUUUAGACACUCAAGUGCUUUAGGGGGAAUAUUCAUUUCAAGGAAACAUUUUCAUGUGCUUGGUUGCAUGCUACAGGCAUAAGCAACAUAUGCAGUUGCUUAGGGCCCCAGGUCGCUAGGGGGCCCUGUCAGGAACUCAGUCGGGAUCUCAACUUACUGUUGAGAGCUAGAAUAGUAGGUGCAAGUUCCAAAUUUGGUUGUACAUAAGCAAUUUUUCUCUUGUUAUGUCAGUCACUGACAGUCACUCAAUUAGCCAUGUCAGCUAACAAUUGUUUUAUACCCGGCUAUCUAAACUUGUAGUAAUCAUGGCCGAAUACCGACCGGUCACGCAGGGCAAGUUUCCAGGGGCCCUGACCUUCAGGAGGUCCCCAACCAAAUCUCGCUUAGGGCCCCCAAAAGACUAGAGCUGGCCCUGCUUGAUUGAUUGAAUAGUUGGGGGGGAAUAAGAAUCAACACACUGCUCCAGUAGAUUCUCCCCAAAAUGGAUUUUCUGGGGUGUAGAUCCAUAUUAGGUUUAUAUUCCAGGUGAGACCAUCCGGAUAGUGAUCGAGGAGUACGUGCAGCACCUGAGUGGCUACCUGUUGGAUCUGAAGUUUGACCCGGUCCUGCUCUUCAAGUCCCAGUUCCAGUACAGGAACCGCAUCGCUGUGGAGUUCAAACAGCUGUACCACUGGCACCCCCUGAUGCCAGACAGCUUCCACAUAGACGGAGACGUGGUGCCCUACUCCCAGUUCAUUUUCAACACCUCCAUCGUCACACACUAUGGGGUGGAGAAACUGGUGGACGCUUUCUCACGGCAGUAUGCUGGACAGGUAUGGGCUGUGUGGUGACACGGGAUUUCAUAUGCAGUGUUGUAAUGAUGAACACUGGUCUCAAAAUUGUUGUCAUGCCAUACAUAAAAAGUCGGGGUUGGGGUCAAUGAAAAUAUGGCACCUAUUUUCAAAGAUUUCUCAAACUGACAAGGAGAAGCUAUUUAUUUGAAAUCUCUUCCAGAAUUAUUAUUAUUUAUUUAUUUGGUCAUUUAGCAGACAAUAAUAAUAAUAAUAAUAAUAAUAAUAAUAUGCCAUUUAGCAGACGCUUUUAUCCAAAGCGACUUACAGUCAUGCGUGCAUACAUUUUUGUGUAUGGGUGGUCCCGGGGAUCGAACCCACUACCUUGGCGUUACAAGCGCCGUGCUCUACCAGCUGAGCUACAGAGGACCACAAUCUUAUCCAGAGUGACUUACAGUUAGUGCAUUUAUCUUAAGAUGGUUAGGUGGGACAACCACAUAUCACAGUCAUAGUAAGUACAUUUUCCUCAAUAAAGUAGUUAUCAGCAAAGUCCGAGCUAGUAAGGGGGAAAAGAGUCAAGUGCAAGUGUUAGUUAAUGAAAGGCUUUUUUUGGGGGGUGAGGAGGGGGUGCGAGGGGGGUUGCUGUGGGAUUAUUUAAGAUUCUCUUUGAAGAUGUAGGGUUUCAGAUGUUUUCAGAAGAUGAGCAGGGACUCUGGUGUCCUAGCUUCAGGGGGAAGGAAGCUGGUUCCACCAUUGGGGUGCCAGGACAGAGAAGAACUUGGACUGGGCUGAGCGGGAGCUGCUCUCCCGUAGGGAUGGGAGGGUCAAGAGACCAGAGGUGGCAGAACGGAGUGCUCGGGUUGGGGUGUAGGGUUUGAGCAGAGCCUGAAUGUAGGGAAGGGCAGUUCCUCUUGCUGCUCCGUAGGCAAGUACCAUGGUCUUGUAGUGGAUGUGAGCUUCGAUUGGAAGCCAGUGGAGUGUGCAGAGGAGCGGGGUGACAUGGGAAAAUUUGGGAAGGUUGAACAUCAGGCGGCGGUAGUGUUCUGGAUAAAUUGCAGGGGUUUGAUGGCACAAGCGGGGAGCCCAGCCAACAGCGAGUUGCAGUAGUCCAGACCGGAGAUGACAAGUGCCUGGAUUAGGACCUGUGCUGCUUCCUGUGUGAGGUAGGGUCGUACUCUACGGAUGUUGUAGAGCAUGAACCUGCAGGAGCGAGUCACUGCUUUGAUGUUUGCAGCGAACGACAGGGGGUUGUCCAGGGUCAUGCCAAGGUUCUUUACACACUGGGAGGGGGACACCGUGGAGUUGUCAACCGUGAUGGAGAGGUCUUGGAGCGGGCAGGCCUUCCCCGGGAGGAAGAGCAGCUCCGUCUUGUCGGGGUUGAGCUUGAGGUGGUGGGCCGACAUCCAAGCUGAGGUAUCUGCCAGGCACGCAAAGAUGCGUGUUGCCACCUGUGUGUCAGAAGGGGGAAAGGAGAAAAGUAGUUGAGUUUCAUCCGCAUAGCAAUGAUAGGAGAGACCAUGUGAGGAUAUGACGGAGCCGAGUGACUUAGUAUAUAGAGAAGAGGAGAAGGCCUAGAACAUUGCCCUGGGGGACACCAGUAGUGAGAGUACGUGGUGCAGACACAGAUCCUCUCCACGUCACCUGGUGAGUGACUUGAAUUAAAAUGGACCCAUUGACCUUAUGUUUGUGUUCUGGUACUUCUUCUUUUGAGCAAGGCAGAUGUUGUGUAAGAGAGGAGAAAUGGAGGGUGAGGUUGGGAGAGGGGAAAUGACAAGGCAAGAUUGCCUGAUGGUAAAUUUGACAUUACUUUGUGUAAAGUACAUAAAUGUGAGCUGUAAAAUAGCACAUGUUGUAACUGUCACCACAGCCCUGCAAACCUGUUAGUUCUCUGCAUACGGUAUCUGCAGAAUCAACUACAGAGCUGUUUUCUGUCGAUUAGAGGCUGUGAUAGAUCAUCACAGGAGGCUUUAAGAAGUUGCUAUCUGCCUGAUAUUAAUCUUCUUUCUCUGUGGCUUUUUGAUAUCAGUAUUUCUCAGCAGAGCAGCAGCUAUCUAUGCAGUAUUAGAGAGUAGAAACAUGAUAUCUGAUACAGAAUCUAGUGCUCUUUGCUGUGCUGAGCAGUUCUCUAAGUUAUCAGACCUUCCUCUAAACGCUCAGGGUUGAUGUUCACACUUGCUUUCCGUACCACUUUCCCACGUCUCACUGGCUUAGUGCAUGCACUGUGAAGUCUAUUGGGUGUAUACUGUACACUGAGUAUACAAAACAUUAAGAACACCUACUCUUUCCAUGACAUAGACUGACCAGGUGAAUCCAGGUGAAAGCUAUGAUCCCUUAUUGAUGUCACUUGUUAUAUCCACUUCAAUCAGUGUAGAUGGUUAAAUAAUGAUUUUUAAGCCUUGCGACAUAGAUUGUGUAUGUGUGCCAUUCAGAGGGUGAAUGGGCAAGACAAAAGAUUGAAGUGCCUUUGAACGUGGUAUGGUAGUAGGUGCAAGGCGCACCGGUUUGUGUGAAGAACUGCAACGCUGCUGGGGUUUUCACGCUCAACAGUUUCCCAUGUGUCAAGAAUGGUCCACCUACCAAAGCACAUCCUGCCAACUUGACACAACUGUGGAAAGCAUUGGAGUCAACAUGUGCCAGCAUCCCUGUGGAAUGCUUUCGACACCUUGUAGAGUCCAUGCCCUGACGAAUUGAGGCUAUUCUGAGGGCAAAGGGGGGGAGGGUGCAACUCAUUAUUAGGAAGGUGUUCCUAAUGUUUGUUAUACUCAGUGUAUAUGGAGUAAUACAUUUAGGGCCCUUCGUGGGUGGGUCAUUCAUUAUUUUAAUUACUUUUUUUAAUUUAGUCCUCAUGCAUCCUAUAUUUAUAUAGGGGAUGCCUGUUUGAUCCGUUCAGAUUUAGGGCUCUAUUCUGGCUGGUUUUAAUCCGGUUUCUCUGUUUCUCAGAUAGGAGGCGGUCAAAACAUCCACCCAGUGGUGACCAAUGUGGCCGAGGGGGUUAUUGAAGAGUCCAGGACUCUGCGUCUCCAACCCUUCAACGAGUACAGGAAGAGGUUCAACCUGAAGCCCUAUACAUCUUUCUCUGAUUUCACUGGUAAGACCACAUAUUUAGAGUUUAGAAAUGCCGGCACUACAAAAGGCUUCUAUGGAAUGGGAAUGGGGUACUCUCUAAGCAAGCAGCUGAAUGUCUGUUACACCAUCACCUUUUCUUUUUUGUAAGACCACAUAUUUCUAUAUAUGCUCAUGGGCCAUUACACGGUAACAGAGUGAAGCUGAGACUGAUUUUACACUUUUAAAAUGUAUGCCAAACAAACACCAAUGGUUGCAAAGUUGAACAAGCCUUACAACUCAAUGUACAAGGACGACUUUUAACAAUUUCCACUGAACAUUUUAUAAAAACACAUUUAUGUGAGGAACCGUGCAGAAGCAAAGUUUGCUAACAGAAUGACUGCACAAACCAUCAUUCUGUUACCGAACUUUGCAUCUGCACUGUUCUUGUGCAUAUCAAGGCUCAGGAUAAGACCCAGAUUCAGACAGUUCGAAAUAGCAAAAUGUUUAUUUACAAAAACAGGGGGCAGGCAAAUGACAGGUUAAUGGCAGGCAGAGGUCAGUAAUCCAGAGCAGAGUCCGAAAGGUACAGAAACGGCAGGCAGGCUCAGGGUCAGGGCAGGCAGAAUGGUCAAAACCGGGAAAAACUGGAAAACAGGGACUAGAGCAAAACAGGAGUAUGGGGAAAAACGCGGGUAAGCUUGACGAGACAAGACGAACUGGCAACAGACAAACAGAAAACACUGGUAUAAAUACACAGGGGAUAAUGGGGACAAAUGGGAGACACCUGGUGGGGGGUGGAGACAAGCACAAGACAGGUGAAACAGAUCAGGGUGUGACAGUGCAUUGCGUUGUAUGCUUUGUUUAACUUUGCAAUCAUUGUUUUCUUUGUUUGGCAUACAUUUUAAAGUGACAAAUCUGAGUUUCAGCAUCACUCUGUUACCGUGUAAUGGCCCUCAUGCAAAUUGAAAAUAUCAACAUUCUCUCAAAGCAGCUGUCAUUCAUCAUAAAGCAUCAUCCUGAUAUGGUUUAGCAUCUGUUAAGAAGCCAACUGCAGUCUUUGUGUUGUCCUCUCAUCUCAAACCAGUCUUCUCUUUAACGUGAUCAUGUGUUUCUAAUGAACUCUUACUCUUCUCUACUGUAUUGUAUUUGUAUUAAUUUACUUGAAAUGUAUCUGUGUAGUUUGCUGCAACCGAAUUGCCCUUCUGGGACAAUAAAGAAUUAUAAAUUGUCCCCAGGUGAGGAGGAGAUAGCCAGGGAGCUGGAGGAGCUCUAUGGUGACAUCGAUGCGCUGGAGUUCUACCCCGCCCUCAUGCUGGAGAAGACACGCCCCAAUGCCAUAUUUGGUGAGAGCAUGGUGGAGAUGGGGGCUCCGUUCUCCCUGAAAGGCCUUCUGGGUAACCCCAUCUGUUCCCCUGAGUACUGGAAGCCCAGCACGUUUGGAGGCCAGACAGGCUUUGAUAUAGUCAACUCAGCCUCGCUGGACAGGCUGGUGUGUCUGAACAGUAAGUGGUGUCCAUACGUAGCCUUCAAUGUCCCUCCAGCCGAGCAUGAGGAGCCGCCAACGAAACAGUCCACUGAACUGUAA